AUGAAAAGCUGGAAGGAUGGAAGAGCAGGGCUGUUGCUGCCAUUGGCCCUCUUGUUGCCAUGGACACAUAGCUCACUGGCAUACCUUUCUAUCUCUUCCUCGUUUCUUUUAGUAACAUGUGGCCGUGGAAUAAGUGGCAGAUCUCAACAAUGGGAAAAUAUUUCUGCUAUCAUGGGAGGGGAACCUGCAAACAUCACUCAGUUCCCGUGGCAUGUGGGGAUUAUGCAUUACGGCAAUCAUCUCUGUGGGGGAACUAUUCUCAAUGAGUGGUGGAUCCUAACUGCAUCCCAUUGCUUCGACCAAACAAACAACUCGAACUUGGUGAUCAUUCACGGCAAAGAUGACCUCAACAGCACAAAACUGGUGUAUGAUAAAGUGAACAAGUUAAUCACACACCCGAAGUAUGAUGACCUGCUACUGGACAAUGACAUAGCUCUGCUCUUGCUUGAAUCCCCACUAAACCUGAGUAUCAACAGCAGGGUACCCAUCUGCAUUUCAGAAGUCUCUGACCUAGUGGCAUGGAGUAACUGCUGGGUAGUAGGAUGGGGUGUCACCAAUACCAGUUCCCCAAAAGACAAAUCUGCAAAGCUUCGCAAAGUCCAAGUGGAGCUGUUUAGAACGGACUGGUGUAGCCUUGUUGUCUCUCUAGUAACCAAGAACAUGCUGUGUGCCGGAUCUCGAACUGCUAGGAAGGAUGCCUGCCAGGGCGACAGUGGGGGAGGUCUGUUUUGCAACAAAAAGAAGAACAUAACCACUUGGUACCAGGUGGGCAUUGUCAGCUGGGGCAUGGGCUGUGGCCAGAACUUGCCAGGAAUAUACACGAAGGUGUCGGGUUACCUGAAGUGGAUUAGCAGGGUGACUGCGAAGGCAGGGAAGCCUUAUAUGUACGUGCAUGACUCCGUGUGCCCUUUGGUGCUAUCGUGCUGGCCUAUCUUGUUCCUCUAUCUUGCAGUGUUUCUUCUAACCUGGUGA